AUGGCUCCGGCGAAGCGAAAAUUAAAUUUCGACAAUUCAGCGGACUCAACGAUGAAUUUCGAAGCAGAUGAUAAUUUUCCAAGACAAUGGAAAAUCCAAGGAAUCGAUAUCGACGAGCGAAUUCAGCGUCUAAGAGAUGAGCUACGCGCUCAGGGGCAUCAUCCAGCACAAAAUGCGGUUGUGGAUCCGAAUUCGAAAUUUCGCACAGAAUAUCGACGAAUUCUAACCGCUCACUCGAUCAUCACCGAUGCGAUUCGUUUGAAUCAAAAGGAGAUUAGUUGGUACAAAAACGCGACAGAAAUGAUGGCCAACGACAUAGACGCGUUGAAAUUCCGUCGUGAGCAUUUGGAUAAGAGUGUGGAGGAUUUGAAGAAUCAACUGUCGAAUCUAGAAUCCAGCGUUGGAAUUCUGAAAUCUCAACAGCUGGCAGUGAAGAGUGUGUUGGAUUUGAGAGAGGACGAAUAUAUGGGCGGUGAUGACGUGGAUUCCAAUUAUCCAGAUGAUUAUAACAAGUUUGGAAAGAUCAGCAAGUUGUGUGAAGUCGCUCUCAAAUCGUACGACGACGUCAAAAAACGCACGGAGCAACUUCAGAAGACGUUGAUGACGGAGAGGAAUCGCGAGCGGCGACAGCGGGAAACGAUUCUGAACGGAAUGGAUGAGAAGGAGAGGACACGUGUCGAAGAAUUGGACGAAAUGUUCAAAGACUUCUCGUUGGAUCAGCUGAAGGCGUUGAGAGAUCGAAUGAGAAUCGCCAGACAACAGAAUUGA